AUGGGAUGUGCUCCAUCCGGUCAACAGGACAAUGCUAGAAGCCUCGAUGAACGCUUCGCCGCUCCACCACCGUUGCAUGUGAAGAUCGGUACCGGUGUCAUACGCGGUGACGACCUACAACAUCAUAUCAUAUUCAUUUUCGGUGGUCCCGGUUCACAAAAGGGACUGGUAAUCGAAGAAUUGAUACAUCGAUUCGGUUUCCAGGCGAUCACCGUAGAAGACAUCAUAUUCAGUUAUUUACCCAGUAAAGUCGCCAAUGCAGUUGAGACGACUGCAGAAAUCCAGAAAAUGCUCAAGAGAGACACGGGUACACUAUCAGUUGACUGGAUUUUUUCAAUGAUAAGCGCCAAAAUUGGGACAUCUUCUCAUCAACGAUUCGUUAUAGACAUCGUGCCGUCGAUCAAUUCCAUAUCCAGAGCGGACAGUUUUGUGGACUCAAAUCAUGAGAGGUGUUUGGAAAAUUUUGAGCGACGGUUUCCGGUGAUGUUCGCUGUGGAGUUGGACGUAUCGGACGAGGUUGCGAUGCUAGAUCGAAAUGGCAAUCUGCCAACCAAGAGUGAGAAAGAAGCCAUGAAGAACGGCAAUAACCAAAAUAACACCUAUGGCAAGGAUAUUGACGCAACAGAUAGAGGAAAACUCGAGGUUAGCCUGCUCAAACCUAAAGAUCGAACUUUGCUAGCUCUGGCCAGUUUCAUUACCACGAUGUCUUACAAUAUCACCACUGUAUGUCAGAUACAUGGCGUGAGCCUAAUGAUUCGAUCGCCUAAUGCCUCAUCUUCCUGA